AUGGCCAGCGAGAACAAUGAUGCCAUUGGGGCCGAAUCUGAAAACAGUGCUGGCCCAGACAGUGCGCACCGAAUGUGCCGGAUUUGCUUCCGCGGUGUGAACGAGGAACGCGGCCAGCUCGUGGCUCCGUGCUCCUGCAAAGGCUCCAUCGGCCUCACUCACAAAUCCUGCCUGGAACGCUGGCUACGACAGCGCCACACGGACCACUGCGACGUCUGCCUUGCACGGUUUAACAUCCGCAAGACGCCUGCCCCACUGUACAAAUUUUUCCGCGUUCCUGAGCACCGCAUGGACGUGAUGCGCAUGGCCGUCAACCUGCUGUCCUGCAUCGGCGACAUCCUCAUACUUGGCUUGGCAUGGACCUACGCGGUUAAAAUUCUCGGCUCCCAGGGAUGCAAGUUUCAUGUAUCUCCUACAGCGGCACUCAGCAUCAUCUGCAGCACCAAGCCCACCCAGCGACAUUAA